UUAGUGAUUCAAUUAAAACUGCUGUUCUUCUUCCUUCUUCCGGUCGUAAAAUCAUUUGGAUCAAACAAAACAAGACGAAGAUCAGGACAGAAAGGGCGGCGAAUUACAUGAUGGAUUUCCACACCCUCAAUAGGAGACAACUCCAGGCUCUCUGCAAGAAGAACAACAUUCCCGCAAACCUCACCAAUCUUGCUAUGGCUCUUUCUCUCCAGGCUCUUCCCACUGUUCAAGGGGUCGAAGAGCUACCGUUGCAACAACCUUCAGAAUCUUCCACCGAGUCGCCAGCCAAACCCCAAGCCGCAUCCCUCAGCGUUCCUCGCACCGCUGCCAGAGGAACCGCCACCACCCGCCGGAAGGCCACCGUGACGGUCCAAGAAGAUGAAUCCGAAACUACUUCACACCCUUCCACCAGGACUCGCCGUUCAACCAGAGGACUGCCGGUUGCUGCUGCCGGAGGAGACGUCCCCCAAACUCCGCUCCCGCCUAGCAACGUAGCCAAGGCUGCUUCGGCGUGCCGCAAAAUGGAGCCCCACUUUAAUCAAAUUGAACGGGAGGAACACCCCGGGGAUGAUAAUAACAUUGUCAAGGAAAGGGAGCAUACUUCUGAAAUCCCGGCUAUUGUGCCGGCUACCCGGCAACGGGGUCUCAAGAAUACACACACUUGCAGUACUCGCAGAUCCGCGAGGUUGGCUGGAAAGCGCAGGGAGAAUUUCGUCGCUAGCAAGGAGCUGAAAGAGGGAUCUAAAUCUCUAACCACAGAAUUCCUCUCCAGUGAAUUUGGAGAAAUUAUGGAGAUGAAUCGACAACCUCAAGAAUGCCCUGCUGCUGAGUCUCUUCCAGUCACAAAAAGCCCUUCCGGGGUUGAUUUGAAAGAAAAGUCAGAACUAGGAUUGCUCGAUACCGGCUAUGAACCAGAGGUUCUUUCGGGUACAAAAUCAGGCUGUUCUGCGGAGAGCCGCAACGAUUUUCCAAUCCUAUGUGAUGAACACGGUAGUGAAACUUCUGAAAUUGGUGAUUCAAAGAUGACAGUGGAAUGUGACAAUGGGUCUAAUGAACUUUACUGCAACAAGACGGAGGAUGCAUUUGAGAAUGGGGAAGGACUGGAUAUUAUUAAUGAUGAGAUGGGAUGCAGUGAUGUAGCUGAAGAUGUUGCACAAGUCAUUGAUACAGAUGAUGUUCGCACCAUUGAAGAUGUUACUGAUCUUAAAAUGAAGAGUGAAGAAGAGUUGUUGGAGUCCAAUAAGGAUUUUGGUUCAUCGGACAAAACGAAUGCAUCGUUUGACAAUGAGAACGGGAAAAAGCUGAAUGUGGCAAAGGAAAUGGAAUCGGAAGAUGAUGCUGCUCAAAAUCUGGUGGAUGAAGGAAAGGACUUGAGAUCAGAUGAUUUGGACGCUUUGAACAUCAAUGACGGAGCGGUAGAAAGUAAUGAAUCUGGUGGUGAGCGAGCUGUGGGCAUCAUCACACCAGCUGCACAGGAGUCAGUGGCGGAGCUGAGCGCUUUUGCCGAUGAUUUGGCGGAAAAGUUGGUCGCUAUGGAAUUGGAUACCUCAGCCCUCGAUGAGUACAAGAAUUGUGCUCGUUUAGGAUCUGAAAUGAGCUGGGCAGAAGCUGCAGCGGAUGUUCAAUUGGAAUUGGAACCACCGUGUCUAACGGAAGAAGAAUGCAGAAGAAGUAUGUGUAUGUUAAAUUAUAAUGCUGCCAAUCUUGAUAUUACAGAUGAUGGUGCCCGGGAGGAGCUGAAGAAUUACGACCAUGCAAUUGAUGAUGACGCUCCUCUUUCUUACUACUCAACGGCUCCUCUGCUUCUCACUGCCGACAUUGUUGGUACAGGGGUGGGCGCCCCUGUGCUGCCUUGUAUAACAGAAGAGUCCAAGGAAAAUUUAAGCAACGAUGUGGUUCAGACCAGUUGUUUGACGACGAGCAUACCAAUGAAGGAAGAAUCUGUAACUCCAAGUAAGACCACCGCUACCCACCUAAAGAUAUCCGUGACAAAGAAGACGCCGAGACAGGUGACGAUGACCGCCGCCCCAGUUUCAGACGACAAAGAGAACAUGAUCAUCCACAACAGCGGGACAAGAUUGAUUGUUGCAGAAGAGAAGAAGACGGGAAAAAAGCAAACUCGCUUGGAAAAUGCGGAGAAACCAUUGGACGAGCAAAGUUUGAGGCAGCUGACAAAAAUGUUAAAAGAGAAGCUGGAGAUCACCAAAAAAAUGAGCAUGACUAAAGACGACUCCUCUAAGUCUAAGGCGGCACCCACUGGGUCUGAGUCUGGGAGACGACUAGCCUUGCAAACCCUACCGGAGAACCGGCUGGAAUAGUAGUCCUUGAACCUCCUCCUCCAGACCUCUCUGUCAUGCAUUACAGUUACAAACUCUUUCGAUUAUUAGACCUUAGUUCAGAAGAAGAAUAUAGGCGGAACCUUCUUGGUUUUGCCCAUCAAUAAAUAGCUUUCUCUUUCGAUUUUAUGUCUAUCCAUCUGCAAAUGUCUUUUUUUUUUCCUUAACGGUGGUUGAUCGAUGAUGAUCAUCCGCAGCGCCAUGCCAUUUCUAUAUAUGGCUGUGCUGUCCUUGUUGAAUGAAUGACAUACGAAUUAUUCUUCUA